GGUUCCCAGUUCCUCUAGAGCGGGAUCCCACAGCCUUUCCCGUGUCGAAUCAGGCGCUCUGAACGUCCAGGCUCCACGGCGGCCCGGAACCUGGGAGGGGCCGGGGGUGGGCAGCUCUGGAGUUUAAUUACGCGCCGGGGAAGCACGGCCCUUUGGACUUUGGCGUCUGAAGAAAAGCUUAGAGUAGGCGGAAGCGUGUGUGGCGCAAGUCCGGGCUGGUCGGGUCCCGUUCUGAGACAAGAGGGCGGCGCACGCUGGUCCGACCCGCGCCUUCGGACCCGGAGCCCUUGGGAGCUCGCGCAACAUGGCGGUCCCCGGAGCGCGCGGCGCGAGUCUCUCGGGUCUUCUGCCCGCGCAGACCUCUCUAGAGUACGCCCUGCUGGACGCCGUCACCCAGCAGGAGAAGGAUGACCUGGUCUAUCAGUAUCUGCAGAAGGUGGACGGCUGGGAGCAGGACCUAGCGGUGCCCGAGUUUCCGGAAGGACUAGAAUGGCUGAAUACAGAAGAGCCUUUGUCGAUUUACAGAGACCUGUGUGGGAAAGUGGUCAUCCUCGACUUCUUCACUUACUGCUGCAUCAACUGCAUCCAUGUGCUGCCCGAUCUCCACGCCCUGGAGCGCACGUUCUCUGACACAGAUGGCCUUCUGAUUGUCGGUGUUCACUCAGCUAAGUUUCCAAAUGAAAAGGUCCUGGACAACAUCAAGAGUGCUGUCCUUCGGUACAACAUCACCCACCCUGUGGUUAACGACACAGAUGCUAGCCUUUGGCAGGAGCUUGAAGUCUCCUGCUGGCCAACACUGGUCAUACUGGGACCCCGUGGAAACCUGCUGUUUUCUUUGAUUGGAGAGGGUCACAAAGAUAAACUGUUUUCAUAUACAUCUAUUGCUUUAAAGUAUUACAAAGACAGAGGACAGAUCAGAGAUGGAAAAAUUGGGAUAAAACUCUUUAAAGAGUCUUUGCCGCCUUCACCAUUGCUGUUCCCUGGCAAAGUAGCCGCAGACCCUACUACUGGUCGGCUGGUGGUAGCAGACACGGGGCACCACAGGAUCUUGGUUCUUCAGAAGAACGGGCAGAUUCAGUACAGUAUUGGAGGACCUAAUCCUGGAAGGAAAGAUGGGGUGUUUUCAGAGUCGUCUUUUCAUUCUCCACAGGGUGUAGCUAUCGCAGAUAAUGUCAUCUAUGUGGCCGACACCGAAAACCACCUUAUAAGAAAGAUAGACUUAGAAGCUGAGAAGGUGAGCACUGUAGCUGGCAUCGGUGUUCAAGGGACAGAUACGGAAGGCGGUGAGGAGGGAGACAAGCAGCCCAUCAGCUCCCCGUGGGACGUUGCACUUGGGACCUCAGGUUCAAAGGUCCAAAGAAAUGACAUCCUGUGGAUAGCCAUGGCAGGGACUCAUCAGAUAUGGGCCUUCCUCCUGGACUCUGGCACACUGCCAAAGAAAAGUGACCUAAAGAAAGGAACCUGCCUCCGUUUUGCUGGAAGUGGAAAUGAAGAGAACCGAAACAACGCAUAUCCUCACAAGGCGGGCUUCGCCCAGCCGUCAGGCCUCGCUCUCGCUCCAGAAGAGCCCUGGAGCUGCCUCUUUGUGGCUGACAGCGAGAGCAGCACUGUGAGGACCGUCUCGCUGAGAGACGGAGCCGUGAAACACCUCGUUGGCGGAGAGCGAGACCCCAUGAAUUUAUUUGCUUUUGGUGAUGUUGAUGGAGCAGGCAUCAGUGCGAAGCUUCAGCACCCACUCGGGGUGGCAUGGGACGAGAAGAGGCAUCUGCUCUAUGUGGCCGACUCCUACAAUCACAAGAUUAAAGUUGUGGAUCCAAACACAAAAGUCUGUACAACGUUAGCGGGCACUGGAGAUGCGAAUGACGCCAGUUCCAGUUUUGCAGAGUCGGCCUUUAAUGAGCCGGGAGGCUUGUGUAUCGGUGAGCGUGGUCGGCUGCUCUACGUAGCAGACACUAACAAUCACCAGAUUAAAGUGAUGGAUUUAGAAGCAAGAACAGUUUCUGUGCUCCCUGUCUUCAAGUCUGACAGUGCUGUGGUAGACGGCUCCUUCCCUAGAGAGCCACAGAAGACAGUGCCCAAAGUGCCGAAGUCCGCCCCAAACAUCAGCCUCCCCCCUGUGACAGUGCAUCCGGGCCAGGCUCUGCAGCUUGGGCUACGGCUAGAGCUUCCGCCAGGAGCAAAGCUGACAGAAGGUGCCCCCAGCGGCUGGUUCCUGAAAGCUGAAGGCAAUGAAUGGCUUCUUCAGGAACAGAUCCCAUCUGGAGACAUAGAGAAUAUUUCCAAUCAACCGGCAAUUUCCCUGCAGAUUCCUACUGAGUGCUUGUCACUGGAGGCCGUGGUCUCUGUCAUCGUGUUUCUUUAUUACUGCAGUGCAGACAGCAGUGCAUGUAUGAUGAAGGGAGUUGUGUUCAGGCAGCCUUUGCAGAUAAACAGUGCCCAGCCAGCUUGUGCAGCUCCUGUAGAGCUCACGUACGCAUUCUAGAGCGCUGGCCAGCAGCCAUCAGCACAGGCCUGUCAUCCUGCCACCCAUCAUUUACGGAAGAAGCAUUAUAGAAACCCAUUGCUCAGUUGUAACAACUGACACCACAAUAAAGCUGUCCUCCUUAUUAGUAUUUUAAUUGCAAACCAAUUCCUUCAUUUGAGCAGUGUGCUGUCCAAGUCAUUGACCAUUGUUUAAGCACAGCACUCUAAACUCUGCAGUUAUCUGACCCAAGGUGACACUCCAUGCUGUAUCAGAGGACAUUAUAUUUGUAGUCAAAACUAAUCAUGCCCGAUAUGUUAGAUAGCCUCUAUGCCUUUAUCAGAGAAACAGCCAUUUCACGGAUAACUUUCCAGUGACUUGGGAUGGGCCUGAGCUCUGCACCUUGGUGUCAGGACACCUGCUUAGCCGGCACCAAGAGCGCUCAUGCGGUAGAAGCUUCUCUCCUGUGACUUUUCUCACCUGAGAUUUUUUAAAAGAGAGUUUUAAUCUAUUUUUAUUAUAAAUUAUUUGUUUUCACAUUCUAUUAUUAAUGCCUUAUAACUUUAUAUAAAAAAAGAAAAAUAUAUAGGAUUUCUAAGGGCAUGCCGACCUACCCUUGACUAUGUAAUGAGCAUAUUCCUAGCAGGCAAAGCCUAGAUCCCCGUGCUGACUUAGGGGUGUCGGAGACUGCUGUGCUGCUGUGUGUGAUGGUUAUUGUAACGGUUGAGCGUGAGGUAAAUGAGUAUUAUGUUAUUUUGGAAAUUUACAUUUCAGUUUUAAGAGUUAAGUAACAGAAUUGUUGGGUUUAAGACUUUCGUUAUUGUUUUGGUUUCCGUAUUUAGAAUUUAAAUUAUGAUCAUUCUGAUAUUUUUGAAAAAUCACAUAUAAACUUUCAAUUUGCUAUUGUCAAUGUAAAUAUUUUAAUUUAAUUGAUGGCUGUAGUUUUACUAAUAUACUUCCAUCUAAAAUAUUAGGGCUGAAACAGUGAUUUACUGAUACUGUUUUGAUAUUUGUUUUCUUUAACCCCAUAAGAAACAGCACUGGAAGGGAUAUUGGAGAGGUUUGGUUUUCAUUUACUGUAAUUAUCAGAGAUUAUUGUAACCAUUUAAAAGCCUUGUUUUUAUAAAA